UGUAUGUAAAAUCUACAAAAUAUAGUAAUUUUAGCCAUAAGAUAAAUUUAGAUGAGUCAAAAGUACAAUAUUUCCUACUGAAAUGUACUGGCUUAGAAGUAUAAAGUAGCAGAAAAUGGAAAUACUCAAGUAAAGUACCUCACCAUUAUACUUAAGUGCUUGAGUAAAUGUACUCAGUUGCUUUAAGCAUGAAAAAUUCAUGCCUAAAGUAACUAAGUAUAUGAUCUUAUAUUGCCUGAAGGAAUAAUAUAGCUCUUGAUUUACUCCUCACACUCAGACAGCUUUCCGGAUGUUAUUAGGUGAGUGAGGUAAAAAUAGCUCUGACAUGUCUCUGCUGUGACCAAGCCCCUCUCCACUUGGCUCUGUCAAUCACAGGCCAAAACAAGAUGGCAGGCUGCGGGGUCUUCUUUUUAACAGUUUGUGCUGUCAGUUUGCUUGGGGCCAAUGCAGAGAUCAAGUUUACCAUUCCCAUGGGGAAGUUAUUUACAUAUGAGCUGAUGAGAGAGACUUUCCAGAAUGACUUUGAACCUUUGUCAAAACUCUACGCUGGUCGCUUGUACGAUGACCCCAUGAUUUUUAAGUGCAACCGGCAGAAUUUCCCAGACCUCCCAGAGUGGCUGCGCUUCACCCAAAGGCACCCUUAUGAUAAUGGAUUCCUCUACGGCACGCCAACAUCUCCAGGAAAAAGUAUUAUUGAGAUCUAUGCCAUCAACAAACGGAGCUAUGAAACAGCCAGACACAUUCUCGUAAUUAAAGUCACUGCGGAGAAGAUGCUGCCCUAUCAAGCAGAGUUCUUCAUCAAGCUGAGGGAGAUUGAGAAGGUGCUGCCCUCUUCUGUUCAGGAUGAGAUAAAGCAGGAUUUACAGAAGCUGUGGAACACAGAGGCCUUGGAAAUUGUCAAUAUUACCAACGCCCUCGACCGUGGCGGCAGAGUUCCCCUCCCUCUUGCAGGACACUUUGAAGGUGUGUAUGUGAAGGUGGGUUCGGAGCAGUAUUUCUCAGAUUGUCUCCUGAGGGUGCUGACACCAGAGAAUCAAAAGCAGUGCACAGCAGGGGCCAAAGUCAGGGUCCCUGGAGGCUGUAACUUCUGCAGCAUUCCCAGUAACUGUAUCACCUGGUGCAAGACGGAGCUGUUUGAUCUGACAAAGCAGAAGCCGGCUCCACCUGCUCCCACGAUGGGCUCGGGGAUUCUGGAGGAUGGAGGUGAGUUCGACCCUCCAGAAUCUCCCCCGAGCAGAGACUUUUUCCCGGACUACAUCGUGACAGUGAUCGUGCCCCUGAUCCUCGCCAUCAUCCUGUGUCUCCUGCUGGCCUACAUCAUGUUUGGCAGACGAGAGGGAGUUGCAAAAAGGGAUGCAAGAACAAACCAAAUUCAGCUGUACCACCACCACACCAUUCAUGGGAACACCGAUGAGCUGAGGGACAUGGCUGGAAACCGCGGUGUUCCUUCACCUCUGUCCACACUGCCCAUGUUCAACAGCCGAACUGGGGAGGGGGCUCCCCCGCUGCAGUCUGACAGCCCCACCAUCCCCCUCAUCAUGGCCCAGCAUGAUCCUUACAGUGACACACUGCCCAGGAAGUGAGAACAACGUUGGAUAAAGUGUCUUUGAUACACUGAGUGUCAUUCAUACAGUCAUUUGCUGCCACAGUCUAUGCUUCUUUAUUUGCAGUGCGAAAUUAAGUUUUUUUUCUUUUGGUGCCAUUAAAAUAAAUUAUAUAUAUAUAUAUAUAAAAUAGUGUGUAUUUUGUCAAAUUGUUUUUUGCCGUUUCUGUAUUCCACCAUCUUUCACUACAAAUAAAAAAAUAUCAAAAUGCACAUUCUUCAUUGUUGUAUCCAUCACCAAAGCCUAAGAUGUCAAAGGUUUCUCAAUGCAGGUACGAUGUGUCAUGAUUUCUUUUUACUGUUGAAUUGUUUAAAUGAAAAGGUAAAGAGAUAAGCUGUCUUUGUCUGUUUUCACUGGAUCAGUGCAAAUAUGUGAACAGAAAUCCAGAAAGAUUACUAUGAAAAUAAUAGUCAUAGACAUAUUCAAUAGACAAUAGACAUUUUCAUCUAAAUAAAUUUGUGUUCCCUCUGUAUUUUUCUAUCACAGUGGUUCCCAACUUGGGGUCAGGAUGCCCAAGGGGUCGAAAGAUAAAUCUGAGGGGUCACCAGAUUAACAAGAUAGGAAAUAAUAAAAAAAAAAAAACAUGUUUCAGCUACACAAACUGAAGAUUCACUAUUUUUUCUGAUUUAUUGUGAAAUACUGGAUAAUCUUACCUCUUCAGACCUCUAUAAACUAUGAAAAUUAAACAAUAUGUGAAGGGAACAUCACUGGUUGAGCUGCUCUCAAUUAAUAGACCUAUGUUCUGGUGACAAAGGGUUGUAAGUAAGCUUUGUGUUGCUUUAAAGGGUCACAAUCCAAAAUGAUUAGGAACCCCUGCUCCAUCGCAGUCACAUUAUCUUUAUAUCACUUGAUAUAAAAUAAUAAUGGUUCAGUCUUUUCUCAGAGGAAGAUAUCUUUUACAUUUUCUGCUUUUGCUGUUGGAUGGAGGCCAGAAGUAAAAAAAAUACCUGAAAAUGUCAAACCAUCAGCAAGAAGGGCUGCAGUAGUUUUCUGAUCCUUUUGAUUCAGUGCUGAAGAUCAAAGCAACUGUUGUUGCACUAGAAGUCCAGAAGGGGUCACUGGUGUAUCUUCAUCUGAUUUGGGAGUUUUUGGGUCCUGACUCACGUCUCUCCUCUCCUGUUAACAGUUUGGUCAAACUUGAUUCUCAUGCAAAUCUCCCCAUGAGUGAUUGUGGAGAUAAAAGCAAGUCAAGUUACAUGAAAACUGCAGUGGCUGCAUGUAUGAUUAUCAUUUGAUUUGUGCUGUCGGCUGCAUUUUAUACUGUUUUAGCUCAGAUUCUAAAGGAAUUUACAGGCAGAUGUAAUAAAAUGUAUUAACUGUGUGAGUACCGAUGAAGAGGAGCCAGGUUGGAAUAUUGGAUAUUGGCCUUGUUUUCACUGUUGCUUAAUAGAAAUGUACUCAGUGCAACUGUUGUGGAACAGUUGAUUCCUGAACCUAUUUUAACUCUAUUUCAGUAUCAGAGUUGGAACAUGCAUGAUUUCCUGGGGUCUCUGAAAAUGUGAAAUGCAGUUUCAGUAAAUGGAGUAUUUUCCAAAUCCUAACUUCUGAUGUCAGUUUCACAACAGUUGCAAAACAGAACAGUGAAAACUCCGCCACUGAGUAGACCACUUCACAUGCUUUAUUUCAGCACCCAAAAUAAUUAAAAACAUCUCAAUUUAUUAUACAUGUACAAAAUAAGUACAGAAUCUCUCUUUUAAACCAUGAAAGUGGGUCUGCUUCAAAUUCUUUUUUAAGAAACCCUUCGCGAAAGACAUCAACAAACAACAUAAACAACAGGGUGGGAGAUGUGUGCUGUUUUUUUUUUAGUGAAGAGGAGUUUUCCACAGGGGCAAACAGAC